AUGAGACAUAUCCUAGCAGGCUUAGCGCUCUCGAGUACGCUUGUCGCCCAUGCGUGGGCGGGGCAACCGGCUAAUAUUUAUGGUGUUAAUUUGGGCUCAUGGUUGGUCCUAGAGCCAUGGAUGCUUCCUCAAGGCUGGUUGGAUAUGGGUGGAGAGUCAUGUGCAGAUUGUUCGACAUGCAUUGCAAGCGAGUGGUCAUUUGCAAAGGCCUAUCCCGACACUGUUGACGCUACCUUCGCUGGUCACUGGGACACAUGGUUUACACAGAACGACGUCAACACACUGAAGGCGGCCGGUAUCAACACCGUCCGAGUUCCUCUUGGAUAUUGGAUUGUGGAGGCUUUAGUCGAUCGAUCGCACGAAUAUUACCCUCGUGGCGGUCUUAAUUAUUUGCGUCGUGGCUUGGGCUGGUUGCAAGAUGCCGGGAUUCAAGCGAUCCUGGAUCAUCACGCAUUGCCUGGGGUGCAAACGGCUGGGCAAAUGUUCACCGGAAAUUGCACUAACGAUGUUCAAUUCUACACUCCAUACAACUAUCACCGUGCUCUCGUGUGGACAGCGGUCAUGACCACGCUUGCUCACCUGGACCCUACCUUUGGAAGUGUAUUUGCGAUCGAGGCAAUGAAUGAACCCAUCAUGAACGCAGCUCAGACACCCAACUACGGCACCUUUCAAAAGAACUUCGUCCAGACAAUCCGUGCGGUCGAGCUCACACUUGGGAUCCCUGUACCGUCAUCCAGUCCAUUUGCAUCGCUAUCGGUAUCCAUCUCGAACAACUUCACUGCUGCGUUGAACGCGACGUCCAAGGCAACCGUCUUCUCGCCGGAGGUGCAGUCGGCACUUGCAGAUGCUGUUCCCAUCCUACUGGAGAUUGGAAUACAAUGCGGCUUGCAGUCCGAGUUCGAGGCGUCGCCCUUCUGGAAGCCCCGUACUUCAUUGGUGGCGAACUUCAUGGACGUGAACUGGCAGUACAACAACCCCGCUAACCCAGCUGACGUCGCCAUUGGUCCACAAGCUUAUGACAACCACUUGUAUUACUCGUUUGGCGGAGUCGCAGAUGCUAACCCGACGGCAUACUUGACCAGUAUUUGCAAUCUUACACGCAUUCAGAGCGACGCUGCAGUUGGUAACUCUCCCCUCUGGUUUGGAGAGUGGGGACUUUCGACACAGUUCAAUGCCACGGACGACUUCCUCUACCAGUGGGCUGACGCACAGAAAUUGGCCUAUAGUAAAGGUGCUGGAUGGCUUUACUGGAACUUCAAAACUGAGAUAUCGAGUCUCACCAACGGGAAUGCCCUCGCAAGACAAUGGUCAUACCUUGAGGCGUUGGAACUCGGGUACAUGACCCAGGACCCCGCAGCGCUGCACGAUCCGAAUGUGUGCAAGCCAUACAUAAACGGCACCUCGAAAAGCACCAGCUAA